UCGUCCACCGUUCACUCCGCGGUGGUGAGUUCCCUUCAAGGGAGUGAAGAAAGCCCUCCCACAACCAGGAUGUUGUCUUCGGCCGCACUGUGCCAAACUGGAGCCUGGAGAGUUGGGACCACGACUCAGUGGCGAUUUAUGAGGGACAGGAGAUGCUGGUUGGCACGUUUACCAGAAUGUUUCUCUUUCCCAAAGACCAGAAGCACGAGUCCUUCUCUUCCCUGCUCCUCCUCAAGCCAUUACCGAGGCUUUAGUGCCUCUGCUGCUAGUCGCAACUCUUCAUCAUCACCUCAUCAGAAAACCCCGUCCUACAGCUAUGUCGUCGUUGGCGCCGGGUCGGCGGGCUGUGUCCUCGCCAACCGUCUCUCAGAAGAUGCCCAUGAGUCUGUGCUGCUGCUGGAGGCUGGGCCCAAGGACAUGUUGCUAGGCAGCAUACGGCUGUCAUGGAAGACGCACAUGCCGGCUGCACUGACCUACAACCUCUGUGACGACAAGCAUAACUGGUCCUACAACACUUUACCGCAGGCCCACAUGGACAACCGGGUGUUGUACUGGCCGAGGGGUCGUGUGUGGGGCGGGUCCUCCUCGCUCAACGCCAUGGUUUACAUCCGCGGACACGCCGAAGAUUACAACCGCUGGCAGAGAGAGGGGGCAGAGGGCUGGGACUAUGAACACUGUCUGCCGUACUUCAGGAAAGCUCAGUGGCAUGAGCUCGGAGAAAAUAGGUAUCGAGGUGGUAGUGGACCUCUUCAUGUGUCCAGAGGGAAGACCAGCCACCCCCUUCACAAGGCUUUUAUUGAGGCGGGACAGCAGGCGGGAUACCCCUUCACUGAGGACAUGAAUGGACACCAACAGGAAGGCUUGGGCUGGAUGGAUAUGACCAUUCAUAAAGGGAAGAGGUGGAGCACAGCCAGCGCCUACCUGAGGCCGGCCCUGGGUCGACCCAACCUGAAGACAGAAGUGCGCUGCCUCACCUCCAAGAUCCUGUUUGAUGGAAACCGUGCCGUGGGAGUUGAAUACAUACAGAAGGGACAGAAGAAGAGGGUGUUUGCAGAUAAAGAGGUGAUAUUGAGCGGAGGAGCCAUCAACUCCCCUCAGCUUCUCAUGCUGUCUGGGGUGGGAAACGCUGACGACCUACAACAACUCGACAUCCCUGUGGUUCAGCACUUGCCAGGUGUUGGCAGUAACCUGCAGGAUCAUUUGGAGCUGUACAUCCAGCAGCAGUGCACUCAGCCCAUCACCCUGUACAAGGCACAGAAACCUUUCCACAUGGUCAAGAUAGGCCUCGAGUGGCUCACCAUGUUCACGGGUUACGGAGCAACAGCCCACUUGGAAAGCGGGGGGUUCAUCCGCAGUCGGCCCCAUGUCACUCACCCCGACAUCCAGUUCCACUUCCUGCCCUCGCAGGUCAUUGACCACGGAAGAGUUGCCUCUAAGCUAGAGGCCUAUCAGGUUCAUGUGGGACCAAUGAGAAGCACCAGUAUCGGCUGCAUGAAGCUGAAGAGCACCAACCCUCUGGAUCACCCGAGUCUCCAGCCCAACUAUCUCUCCACUGAUGCCGACGUGUGGGAGUUCAGAGAGUGUGUUAAACUCUCCAGAGAGAUUUUUGCUCAGAAGGCCUUCGAUCCAUUCCGCGGCACCGAAGCCCUGCCGGGUCCUCAGGUCCAAUCCGACGCCGACAUCGACGCUUUUGUCCGCCGAAAGGCCGACAGCGCCUACCAUCCGUCCUGCACCUGCAAGAUGGGCUCGCCCUCCGACCCGAUGGCGGUCGUUGACUCCAACACACGGGUUUUGGGUCUCGAGGGGCUGCGUGUGGUCGACGCCUCCAUCAUGCCCAGCAUCGUCAGCGGCAACCUGAACGCGCCGACCAUCAUGAUGGCAGAGAAGGCUGCCGACAGCAUCAGGGGUCGGCCUACUCUCGUCGACGCGGGGGUUCCCGUGUACCAACCACCAACGCUCGACACUCAGAGAUGAACAGCGAUCCAGACUGGAGGGUGAUGUGUUGUCAGUCAUUAGGCAACAGCAGCAGUGAGCAGCUGGUUAGGAGGAUCUUUCAUCUCUCAACUAAAGUGAGUGUGUGUUUUCUUAAUUUUGAAUACUGGUGAAUUUUAACAGUUUACAUCUGAGGUUCGGUUUUACAAAGAUUAUAUAGAACCAGUGGUCGUGUUCUCCCAGCCACACAGCAGUCUUAACUUUACAUUAACUGACUUUCUGAACCAGUUGUUGGUGUUUGUGUUUGAACUCACUUUAACUUCAUCCAGUAUUUCUUGAACCAGCUACAGUGAUUUUAGAACUCUUGCAUUAAUAUUCCUCUGACAUUUUGAUGAUACUCUGUUAUCCUGAGGUAAAGUGAAAUCCAACACAGCACACGGCGUGUUUUGAAUCCAUCUCAAGUUUUAAAAAAAGGGACAUUUUUAAUAAUCACGGGACAGUAAGUUGUUUUCUGACUGACGAUCAGCCGUCUGCUUUGUUACCCCAGCAGGCUCAGCAGUAAGUUUGGUUAUUUAUCUGCUCUAGCCAAUUAUCACCAUGGUAACAUGCCUCUUCCUUCCUGCAAAUGUGCAGAUUCAACAUUUUGUUUGCUGUCAACAUUGUCAUUAUAAAAAGCAAAAUACUUUUAGUAAAAAAGUAGAAAUUUAGCUGACAACAAAUGUCAAUAGUUCAUUUAUAAUUUCCUCAGUAUGAACUCUAUUCACAUCUGGUGCUGAGACUUGAGCCUGUGGUUGUAAACCAGAUAUGAUAACCAGAUGUGAUUACCAGAUGUGUUUCACGUGUAAAGAGAAAAGCACACAGCUCAUAGAUCUGGCAUCAGUUAAAACAAAAAGACUCACACAUGUACGUCACAAGCAGAGAACAUCUUUCCUUCUUCUACUCCACUAUUUGUUCUAGAUUUCAUCAGUGGGCUCUUCAUGAAGCAGAUAAAGGAUCAAUCUGUUUAAAUGCUUUAGAUGAAAACUGAUCUUCCUGAUGUGGGAAAUUUGUCACUUUGGUUGAUCAAGUUUUUCAGCUCCAAGCUUUUAGCUGCUUUAGGUUCAGUCUGCUGCAGUAGCAAUAAAUGAAAAUGAUAUCUCUGAAUAUAUGAAAUCCUGCUAAUAUAGAUAUUGUCAAAAAACUCUCUAUAUGUAACAUGUACACUAAAAACUUUAACUAAAUGUAGGUGAAAAAAUAAUUGCACAUUUAUUUCUAUGUUUACAAAGAAGCUUGAUUGUGUUGAACUGACCAGAUAAAAUGAAGUAUAUAACACCACAGCAGCCUAAGAGAUAAUGUGACCAUAUCUAUACAGUGGUGUUAUAACUAGUGUGGAUCAAGUUCUAGAAUCAGCUUCACUGAAAAUCUUAAAUUCAUACAUGAGGUAUUAAAUUCAUGUUUUAUGAUGUCUGCUCUAAUGGAAACAGCAAUGUGUUCAAAUAAUGUCUAAUAGUCUUAUUAAGCUUUGCACUACGCUAUGAAGAAUCUAACUGACGAUAAUUGUUUACAUUAUAUAGUGUUGCACAAAGUUGAUUUGUGUUUAAAUAAUUUUCAUGUAUAUUAAUGAAAGAUCACGAAGGGACAUUAAUUGUGAAAAUUCACACAGUAUUAUGUUUGCAUGUUUUUUUUGUGUGGUUUGUACUAUAAGCAAACGUCCUGACUUUGUCCUCAUUUCAUUCAGACUUUAUUUAGUCCUUAAAAAAAAAUCCUUGACAGGUUCAUUGUCAUUUCAGGCAAGAAGUAAAACGUACAAAACUGGGUUUGUGUUUACAUUGGUACAAAAGGUACGAGUACGUUUGCUACAAAGUAGACAGAGCUAUGUUUGUUUUUUAAUUUUCAUACAACAAUUGGGUAGAAAGCAGAAAUCUUCAAGUUCAUCACUGACUUUUUACAAACAACUGUACAGAUUUUACACAUCAUCGUUGUCGUUUCAUAAUCAUCUGCAAAAAAUUCGAGCAGUACAAAAAAAUAAAGCUGUCAGUUGCACAACAA